AAGAAGAAGAAGAAGAAGAAGAGAAGGCGUGGCCUUCUUUAACCGCAUGAGAAAAUCCUUUGGUCGGCCGCAGAACUCAUGUUGACACACUUUGUCUUUAAAUCUGCCUUCAUCUUUCAUUUAUGCCAAGUCGUCUACCACACUUGUUGAUGUUUGCUGUGAGGACAAACUGGACUCGUCUCAGUCAACUCUGAAGGCUAGCUUAGCUUGCUAGUUAGCUUAGCGUGUUAGCUGCUAACAAAGUCAUCAACACAUCGCCAAGCAGAGAUUAGCUGUGACUACUUUAAAGUGUGUGAACAUGUGUCAACUACAAAUGUUGAGAGUGUUGGUGAAUCAGCGACUAAAUGCUGCUAUUGAAGAAAUAUUUGUAGUGUUCCAAAGAACGAUCGCAGAAUACGAGGCGGAACUUUCUCGUACCAAAGAGGAGAACCAUCAACUACUGGACGCUGUUUUCAAGAAACAUCAACUUAAAGACGUCUGUGAAGAACAUCUUCUACCUGAGCAGCAGGAGUGGGCGGAGCAAGAGGAGCCACAGACCCUGCGCAUCAAAGAGGAAGAGGAGGAACACAGCAUCAGUCAGGAGUUCCCAGUGACUGGUGUCCCUGUGAAGAGUGAAGAUGAGGAGGUCAAAGGUGAAAGUGAGGAGGAGCCUCACAUGACAAGAGAAGCUGAUGGAGACCACUGUGGAGGACCACCAACAAACAAGUUGUUAGCUCCACUAUCAAGGUCGCACUCUCCUGACACUGAUGAAGCUGGUCAAACACGUCACGCUGACAACACUCGCUCUAAAUGUUCUCACUGUGACAAAACUUUUAAAUACCACAGUUAUCUGAGAAUACACAUGAGAACGCACACUGGAGAGAAACCGUUCAUGUGCUCGGUUUGUUGCAAAAGAUUCUCUCUAAAAGAGAAUUUGAAAAAACACACAAGACUACACACUGGAGAGAAGCCAUUCAUGUGCUUAAUUUGUAGUAAACGAUUCACCAGGAAGGCACAUUUGAUAUUUCACACAAGUAUACACACUGGUGUAAGACCCUUUAGUUGUUCAGUCUGCGGUAAAGGUUAUAUGCAAAAUGCUGAUUUGACAGUACACAUGCGAAAACACACUGGUGAAAAACCAUUUUCCUGUCCAAACUGCAACAAAAGCUUUAGUUACCGAUCAGCUCUUGUAAGACACAUGAGGAGACACACAGGCGAGAAAGUUUGAAAGCUUCUCCAAUAAGUACCAGUGUAAGGAACACAAGUUCCAAAUCAACUGUCAAAACUUGAACUUACAGCAUCAACACUUCUAGCAUGUAAGGAACACAAGUUCCAAAUCAACUGUCAAAACUUGAACUAACAGCAUCAACACUUCUAGCAUGUAAGGAACACAAGUUCCAAAUCAACUGUCAAAACUUGAACUUACAGCAUCAACACUUCUAG